CCGGGUCUCGUGACCGGUAGCGCGAGUGGCAACGUCAUCAAUUGCUGAAUGUUCGGCUUUUUCGUUUCAGACAGCAUCUGUUCGCCCGGUACCGAGAUUGGCCUGUAUUAGACUGUUGGACGUUGCUGCUGUAGGAGCUGAAAAUGCCGGACGGGAUCACGGAAACAGGGGAAUUGUACUCUCCAUAUGUGGGACUUGUCUACAUGUUCAAUUUGAUUGUUGGAACAGGAGCACUGACAAUGCCACAAGCCUUUGCUGUUGCUGGCUGGGGUGUGAGCCUUGCUCUCAUUAUUUUCCUUGCAUUUAUGAGCUAUAUGACUACAACAUUCGUUAUUGAGGCCAUGGCAGCAGCCAAUGCACACUUGCGUUGGAAAAGGAGGGAGAGGCAGAGAAUAGUGGAUGACAGUGAUCCCUCUUCAGAUUCAUACGAUGAGGACGAGGACAAGAAUAUCGUUCCAAUCAGAGAUGGUUAUGAGCGUUCAGAAACAAGACCAAUUCUCUCAGUACAAAGAACCAGUAUGUAUGAUGCUUUUGACAUUGUGGAACGAGUAGAAAUGGGUCAGAUGGCUUCGAUGUUUUUCAAUAAAGUGGGAGUCAACAUGUUCUACAUCUGCAUCAUAAUCUACCUCUAUGGGGAUCUGGCUAUCUACGCAGCUGCUGUCCCAUAUUCCCUCACUGAAGUCGUCUGUGGGAAUCAGUCAUGCAGUGCUGGCAGCAAAGUAAAGCACAAUGAUACAGACCCAUGCUGGGGGUCAGUUAGACGCAUUGAUGCCUACAGGAUUUUUCUGACUGCAUUUUCUCUGCUGCUUGGACCAUUCACCUUCUUCAAUGUCCAGAAGACAAAAUACCUUCAGAUUAUCACCUCCCUAAUGAGAUGGAUUGCUUUUAUAAUCAUGAUCAUUUUGGCUUUGAUCAGGAUCGGUAAGGGUUCGGGAGAGGGCCAUCCUCCAAUCGCUAACUUCUCUGGCAUCCCCACCUUGUUUGGUGUGUGCGUCUACUCCUUCAUGUGUCAACAUUCCUUACCCUCGCUCAUUACCCCCAUCAGUAAGAAGAAGCAUAUGAACAAGCUGGUCCUCAUCGACUAUGUGCUCAUCCUAGCCUUCUACAGCCUGCUGUCCUUCACAGCCAUCUUCUGCUUCAGUAACCUGAAGGACAUGUACACCCUCAACUUCACCAGCAAUUGCAAUGUCAUCAAUGUACCCUUCAUUCGCUAUUUCUUGGGACUUUUUCCAGUUUUUACAAUCAGCACAAACUUCCCAAUAAUUGCUGUUACAUUACGCAAUAACUGGAAGACAGUCUUCCACAGAGAAGGGGGGAUGUACCCAUGGCUGAUUGAUCGAAUUAUCUUUCCUUUAAUCACCAUCAUUCCUCCUAUACUGGUGGCGUUCUGCACCCAUGACUUGGAAACUCUGGUGGGCAUUACUGGUUCUUAUGCAGGCACUGGGAUUCAGUACAUAAUUCCUGCGUGCUUGGCCUACUUCAGCAGGAAGGACGUUGAACUUGUAUUUGGUAAUGAUGUUCGGAAUAAGCACAGAUCGCCCUUCAAACACACAUUUUGGAUUUUCUUUGUGUUGGUGUGGUCGUUGUCUUGCUUCAUCUUUGUAACAGCCAACAUUGUGCUGGUAGAAACCAAACACUGAGCCUUUGCACUGAGACACAUCCUGUAUUAUUCAAAACUCAAAAGCCAGUUUUUGUUCCAAAGCACCACCAAAUGAUUUCACUGUGACAAAAUAUGCUAAAUUCAUGGUGAACUAUUUAAAGUAUUCAUGAUGUCAUGUUUUGCGGUUUCACUUUCCAUCUGCAUAUGAAUCCGUAAAUACUGCACUCCACUUCUGUCAUUAUGGCAAUUUCAACUCCUGGUUUAUAACUGAAGUAAGUUGUCUCUUGGCAUCACAUGACAUGCCUAGGAACACAAUCUGUUCUCAAGCCAUUCUAUUCUCCUGACAAAAUUAAAUGUGGGCCAUGUAAAGAUGGUCUGUUCAUGUCCUUGUGGAAUAUUCUUGCAUACAAAAAACCGUUUUUACCCUACAGUUUAAAAUUAUUGACAAUCAAGUAAUGAAAUGACUGCAAACAUUUAAAGUUGUAAAUCUUUGGAUUGUAAAAGCUGUUGGAAACAGCUGAGUUUAAGAAAUACUUUGGAAUUCUACAAGAUGGAGCAACAUGUAACUGAAUUAAUGUCUAUCUGAGCAAUACCGUCUGGAUAUUUCCUGCCACUUGAGAAUGCAAAUCUGAUUUGGAUUGAGUAGAGAAAAGCUUGUUUUAGAAAGACUUUUUAUUCCUCACUUACUGAGCAAAUGGGCUGUACAGGCCACUGUUUGGUGAACCGUAAUGUCUAAUUUUAACUCUAGCAUGUCAGAGCCUGCUGUCCUCAGUCUGGUCUGGUUCCAUAGACCCCCUGACCUCACUCUCCCAUUGCUUACUUUCUGUCCAGUGCCUUGUACUCUGUGAGGUGCCUUGUGCUUCAUGUUUACUGAACCCAUGCAGGUCUCUGUUCUUAAAUACACUCUUCUCCCUUUAGAGAUUUAUGUAAAAGGAGUGUCGUGGUGAUAUUGUUGCAGCUAAUCUGCCCAGAUUGGCCUUUAAAAUGAGUAGUCCAGUCAUCAGUCUGUAUUUUCAAUCGUUAGCACUAUUGGCUUUGCCAUCACUCACUAAUCACUUCAGGGUGUGAUGUUUUGUGUGGGGAACACAAGAGCUGCACAUGGGUGUGUAAUUGGGACACAGGUUAUAUAUUUCAGUGUUGAUUGACAUGCUGUAUAUUUCUGCAUUUUGUUAUUAUAUAGUAAAGUGUUUGAAUCGAA